AGCCCCCUCAGCCCCGGGCCCCGGCGGGAAUGUUCAAAAAUGAGUACCAGGGUGGUGCAUUUGUUGAAAUCUUUAGUGCUCAAGGAAAAAAUCCUGGAGCAAAAUGGAAGAUCCUUGGCAGUCCAUCCUUGAUUUGGAAAGAGUUUGAUAAAGAAGUUAAAAGUUUUGUGUUUGUUCUGGAAGGCAGCAGCCAAACAAACAAAAUUCAACUACCAAAGGAGAAUAAGCAAAUCCUUGGGCUGAUCCAGAGGUUUCUUGUGCUUCAGAUUUACGUACCCUUGGGACAGGACUUCUCCACUGAAUUGCUAAUUACUGAUUUAGGCAACAUUAAAAGAAGACUUUAUUUAUCAACAGUCCAUAAGGAACUGUCCUCAACCCCUCUUCAUGCAAAAAUCCCACUCUUCAUGAUCAAGCGUAAAAUUUGGUGCAAUCUGUGCAUUGACUUGGCGGCGUUCACCAGUGAAAUAUUCAAGGGUGCGGUUUUCCAGUCGUUGGAUGGCAUCAUCGUGUCAGCUAACUGUAAACUACGGAAGAUCUUCACCUUAAAAUCCAAGCCUCAAGACACUGCUGACAAAGAUGAUGAACCCACAGACAUCCCAAGAAGCUGCCAACUAACAACAGAUGUUCCACAUGUCACACAGCUGAUGAACAUGACUAAACUUCGCCAAACUGAAAUAAAAUUUGGAGGACAUCCACUAAGAUCAGCAGAGUCAGAUCAGUUCAUUAACAGAGGAGCAGGUAGUGUCCGGAGCAGUAAAAGUCACGAUGUCUGUCACAUCGCCUUUGGGUCUAGAGUCCUUGGCCCACCUCCGCUCUCUGGCAGAAGGGAUCACCUGAGGCUGUCCACUGAGACAGUAAGAUCCGUUGGGUCCAAAAAUAGCCGAUACUGCCAGCAGCCCACAGUGGAGAAGUGUGUUAACAGCACAGAAAUGUCAGCCUUGCUGAUGUCUGAGAACGAGGAGCAGAGAGAUAAAGAAAAUAUUCACCGAGUAAAGCAGAUUGUACCUAUUCACGCCGUACCAGCUGACCCACCUAUUAUGCGUCCACAUCCCCCUCAAGAACCUUCAGCAGAUAAGAAUAACAACAGAAGAAGAUUUCGGUUAAAAAGCGCCAGCAGAGAAAGGGCAGAGACACCCGGCGGCAGUUCUUCAGGAAACAAGAAGAAUGAAGAUGAAGCAACAACUGUCCUCCCCACUGUGACCCAACAAGGAGAAGAGAUGUUGAACUGCAGCGCUGCAGGACACCUAGCAGACGCCUGGGUGUUUCCUGACUGCGACCACGCUCUCUGCUCUCUGCUUCCGGGUGAUGAGGCCUGCGUCUCCUCGCACCUGUGGCCGGACACCAGCGAGGACAGUGCCCAGGGCCCUCGAGCGGAGCGGACACAGGCUACUCCCAAGGACAUCUUCACUUUCUCCUCGAGACCGCGGUCGGCACCCCACGGGAAGACGCAGAACAUGUCCCCGGAGGGGUGCACGUCUGUCCUGGGUCUAAAGGGAGACAGCAGCACAACAAGGACGGACACUCAUCUGGAAGAUGAUUUCCGUGGCGGUGACAGCAGUGAAGAGGAGUACAACUGGAGAAACUAUCAGCCCAGCGAAAUGAGUGAGUCUGAGUUGCAGAUGUUAGCGAGCCUACAGCGGCAACAGAGGGAAGAGCUGGAGGAGCCCUGGGCUCCCUGCGGCCUGAGUGCCUCUCAGAUGGACAACUGCAACGUGAGCAUAAGCAGCAGCAGUGACGACACCACCACCUGGAACUCCUGCCUGCCCCCCCCUGUCACCCAGGGUCGUCACUAUCAGAAGGAAAUGAAUCCACCGUCCCCUUCUAACCCCCGGGACUGGUUAAAUAUGUUGAGCCCGCCAAUUGUUCCUCCCAGUCAGCAGCCAUUGGAGCAGUACCUGGAUUCCUCUGGAAGUUUGAGUGCUCAAGGUGAGGAAGACCCGAGUGUGGAGGAGGACGAGGAAGUGCUGACGCUGCUGUACGACCCCUGUCUGAACUGUUACUUUGACCCCCAGACUGGGAAAUACUAUGAGUUAGUGUGACCCCCACUUCCAGGGCAGAGCAGCUGCGCCGCCCGCUCCUCCAGCGGACAGCAGCCCAGAGACUGACCGGGAGGCACCAUGAGCAGUGUGGAGAGUGAGCCCGGGAACCCGGCAGAACGAAAACAAGUGGACUUUACUGUGUAAAUAAUGUUCAAUGCUGAGAAUCCUUACAUUCUUUUGUAGCUGUGUGUGAUUUUGAAUCUGUGAAAGAAUUAACAGAGACAAGAUUUUAGGACUUUGAAUUAGUUGUUUUCAUUCUCAUGUUGCAUAUAUAUAAUUUUAUUUCAUAUUUUAUGUAAAUAAAUUAAGUUAUUCACUCGGAUUUUUUGCAGUGUUAAUCU